AGCCAUUAAAUUUGCAUCUGUCUCUGUGUGUGGCACAGCACAGCACAAAUUCAGAAUUUGAACUGUUGAAAUAUACUUAUAUAUAGAGAGAAAAAGAAGAGAGAGAGAUGGGCGUAGAAGAAGGUUUGGCUGAUGACUACACACAAGAUGGAACUGUGGAUCUCAAGGGCAACCCAGUUCGUCGCUCCAAAAGGGGCGGAUGGAGAGCUUGCUCCUUUGUUGUUGUGUAUGAAGUGUUUGAAAGGAUGGCAUUUUAUGGGAUAUCUUCAAAUUUACUAAUAUAUUUGACAAAUAGACUGCACCAAGGGACAGUGGUUGCAGCCAAUAAUGUGACCAAUUGGGUUGGAGCUGUAUGGAUGACUCCCAUCUUGGGUGCUUAUAUUGCCGAUGCCUAUCUUGGUCGAUUUUGGACCUUCAUUGUUGCCUCUAUUAUUUACUUAUCGGGUAUGUCACUUCUAACAAUGGCUGUCUCACUCCCAACCCUACGGCCACCGCCGUGUGCCGAUCCAACCUCCGGUCAUUGUGAGAAGGCCUCCUCGCUGCAGCUUGCUGUCUACUUUGGUGCCCUCUACAUCCUCGCGAUAGGCACGGGUGGAACAAAGCCGAAUAUAUCGACGAUUGGUGCCGACCAAUUCGACGACUUCCACCCGAAGGAAAAGAAGCAAAAGCUCUCGUUUUUCAACUGGUGGAUGUUCAGUAUUUUCUUUGGCACACUUUUUGCUAACAUAAUUCUGGUUUACAUUCAAGACAACAUUGGUUGGACCCUUGGUUAUGGCCUUCCCACUCUUGGCCUCGCCAUUUCUAUUGGUAUUUUCGUCGCCGGAAUUCCAUUCUACCGCCACAAGGUUCCUGCAGGAAGUCCGUUUUCUCGAAUGGGUAAGGUUCUCGUGGCGGCCAUAAGGAAGCGAAAACUGCCGCUGCCUAGGGACGUUAAGGAAUUGUAUGAGUUGGAUUUGGAGGAGUAUACGAAGAAGAGGAAGUUUAGGAUGGAGGCCACUCCCUCUUUGAGCUUCUUGAACAAAGCUUCAAUAAAAACUGGUUCAACACAUCCAUGGCGGCUAUGCACAGUAACAGAAGUGGAAGAAACAAAACAAAUGAUCAGAAUGAUUCCAAUUCUAUUUGCAACUUUUGUCCCAAGCAUCAUGUUGGCUCAAGUCAACACUCUGUUCAUAAAACAGGGAACCACUCUAAACCGAAAAAUCGGCAACUUUGAAAUCCCGCCGGCCAGCUUGAGCGGUUUCGUCACCGUUUCGUUGCUUAUAAGCAUUGGACUUUACGAUCGAGUCUUCGUCAAAAUAAUGAGGAAAUUCACCAAAAAUCCAAGAGGAAUCACUCUGCUUCAGCGGAUGGGCAUUGGGAUUGUCCUCCAUAUGUUGAUCAUGGUCGUUUGUUCUCUUGUCGAGCGGCGGCGCUUGGCGGUCGCCAAAGAGCAUGGUGUUGUUCAAAGUGGCGCCCAAGUUCCAUUGAGUAUCUUCAUUUUGCUACCGCAGUUUAUUCUCAUGGGGACUGCUGAUGCCUUCAUGGAGGUGUCUAAGAUUGAGUUCUUCUACGAUCAGGCACCAGAAAGCAUGAAAAGUCUUGGGACUUCGUACUCGACAACAGCGAUCGGGACAGGAAAUUUUCUCAGUAGCUUCCUUCUCUCGACUGUUGCCAACCUUACCAGGCGAAAUGGACGGAAGGGGUGGAUCUUGAACAACUUAAAUGCAUCGCAUCUCGACUACUACUAUGGGUUUUUCGCGAUUCUAAACUUUUUAAACUUCAUCUUCUUCCUAGUGGUUUCAAGGUAUUACGUAUACAAAGCUGAAGUUUCAGACUCCAUAAGAUUGCUCACUGAAGAACUCAAAGAGAAGGCACCAUCUAAAGAAUCGUCAAACAACCCACAUUGAUUAAAGAGCCUUCUAAAUGACUUUAUAAUUAUUAUCUGUAAUCUUAUGAGUUCUAAUUUUCUUUUUAAUAAUCCAUUUAUAGUCUUGCUAAGUUUUUUCUUUUAAUUUGCAUGGGUUUGUGAUGUAAUAUAAUAGUUAAAUACAGUUCACUCAUGCAAGAGUAAAAUUUAGUUUUAGUUUUUGAAAUUAAAACAUAUAUAUAUGUUUGAUAAAUGAGAAUAGUUUGGCAAAUUUUGUGCU